AUGGCUACAACACUACAUCUGCGCUCUGAGAGCAAGCCGCUCGAGCAUAGAUCAGCUCUGACUCCUACCACUACCAAGGCACUCCUAGACGCAGGCUACAAAGUCAACGUCGAGCGAUCGCCCGUACGAAUCUUUGACGACGAGGAAUUCGAGAAAGUCGGCGCAACACUCGUUCCAGAGGGAUCAUGGAUAGACGCGCCUACAGACCACAUCAUCGUCGGCUUGAAAGAGCUGCCGGAAGACAAGUUUGCGCUCAAGCACACUCACGUUCAAUUCGCGCAUUGUUACAAAAGUCAAGGUGGCUGGGAAGAAGUGCUAUCGAGAUUUCCGCAGGGAGGUGGAACGCUGCUCGAUCUCGAGUUCUUGACAGAUGAGCAGGGAAGAAGAGUUGCGGCAUUUGGGUAUCAUGCUGGCUAUGCGGGUGCUGCGUUGGCCAUCGAAGCGUGGGCAUGGCAGCUACAUCAUCCUGAAGCUAAGACUAUGCCUGGUGUUUCCAGUUAUCCAAAUCAGGAUGCCCUAGUUGCGAAUGUCAAGGCUAGGAUGCAAGAAGGUGAAGCCAUUACGAAGCGAAAGCCAACAGUACUGGUCAUCGGUGCUCUGGGUCGUUGUGGUAGGGGUGCUGUUGACCUGUGCAAGCAAGCUGGCAUUCCAGAUGAGAACAUCCUCAAGUGGGACAUGGCUGAAACAGCAAAAGGAGGACCAUUCGAUGAGAUUGUCGAGUCUGAUAUCUUCGUCAACUGCAUCUACCUAUCCGAGGAGAUUCCGCCUUUCGUCAAUGAAAAGUCGCUCAAACAGGAUAAGAGGAAACUAUCAGUCAUCUGCGACGUCAGCUGUGAUACAACAAAUCCCCACAAUCCCGUACCAGUCUACACUGAGAACAGCACAUUCAGCAGACCAACCCUGCCAGUCGUGGGCUACGACAAUCCACCACUCUGCGUCAUCAGUAUCGAUCAUCUGCCCAGUCUGCUGCCUAGGGAAGCCAGUGAAGCUUUCUCUCAAGCUUUACUACCAUCUUUGUUGAGUCUGAACGACCGAACUAACAGCAAAGUAUGGCAGCAAGCCCAGAACCUGUUCAGCAACAAGGUUGGAACUUUGCCAGAAAGUAUGAGAUCGACCUUUCAGAAAAUGGCUGACUCGAUGCCGGCAAUGCCAGGACUGAGCAGUAAGUCGUGA